AUGGCUGCAAAAAGGAUUGGAGGAUAUGGAAGAAGCUCAUUUCUAAAACUGGUGUGGGCUAGAUACGACAGAAUAUUCACAAACAUUGUUGCUACCGAUGAUUAUGCAUGGGCUCCAUCGUCUGGAGUCUUACCUGAUCAUAAUAUCGGUGUUAAUGGCAAUCAAGAUGCCAAUGUUGAACAACUAGAUUUGGAAGAAGAAAGUAGUGAUUCUAAAGAGGACGAAAUUCCAAAUUUUGCCGAUGAUGUUUGCGACAUGGGUAAGGGGGUUAAUAUGUCUACUAGUAGAAACAACCAUAGUAGUGAGAAGAGGAAAGAAAGAGAAAGUAUACAUAUGGACAAUACGAGUUGUAAUGCAAUAUUCAAUAAAGAUUUGGAUGAUGAUUAUGAAAACAUCAUAGAGCGUGUUGUUGAUCACAUUAACUAUCAUGGUGAUUAUGAUAAUGGUGGCUCAGGCGGGGAUACUGAUGAUGGGCCAAAUGAUGAAGACGACAACGAUGACGAUGACAAUGAUAAUGAUGAGGAUGAUGAAUCAUUUUAG